UCCCUAAAAGCCAACGUCUCUCUAAUGCUGAAAAAUUUACCACAAAAUGUCUCCCAAAUGAUCUAUUUGUAAAUAUUGCUCCAUGUACUGUUAUGACUGGAAUGCUGUGCUUAUGCACAAGAGUGUACAAGAGCAGUAUUUUGGAAUGUUGCAAGUUCAAACUUUGAUAAACAUUUUAAACCAAAUGUUUCGAAUAAAAGUUUGACAUAACGAUAAAAGCAACAAAAUUAAUGCCUGACUAAGCAAUAAGUAACAAAUGUUUAUCAUGAGCUCACUCACUGUGCACAGGUGCUUAUGUCAAAGAGAAAACGCCAGAAAAAUUUUGGACCCUGAAACACAAUGGAAGUCAUGCCAGCCAUGGUUCACAGGUAUUACUGUUCAAGAACCUUUGAAGCAAUAAAUGCUCCCCCCCUUCAAAACACGAGGUAUGGCUAACACAAAAGGCCCUUUGGUGACAAUUGAUGCAAAGCUAUUCCUAUCACAAAGUACUUGAACUGUUCCACACAUGUAAGCAUUUCCAAAUAACUACUGAAAAAUGGAAAGCUUUGAAGUAUGCGAGGCAGUGGCAUUGCAACCUUUUGCCAGUUUGGUAGUUCAAGCUCAUUACACUACCAGCAAACUGCAUUCUUAGGAUUUCACUAUGCUUCAAGUUUGAAGUCACCUGGAAUUCUUGUCCUACUUGAGAUACAGCAACAAAAUUCUAAACAAGAUGGCUCCUGCCUUGGGAACUCUACACCUGCAGCUUUUGAUUGGUUUCUUGUGCACUGCACAUUGUCAAUCCCAGGUUAUUGUGACAGUCACUAUCAACGGACAAACAGGAGUGGUUGAUGGUUUUGAAGGCGACAGUAUUGAGCUCCUUUGCCAGGUGCAAAACCUGACGGGCCAGGCUGUUGUUUGGUCCAAGGGAUCGACACAAAUCACGCCUCAACCUGGGAAAUACAGUCUGACGUCUAAUGAAACUGAAGGAAGGUUUACGUUGACCAUUGUGAACUUGACACGCACAAAUGACCGAGGAACAUUUAACUGUGAAGUAGGUGGCAUUGGAUCAUCAAUAGUAGGCAGCGUUGGGGUGCGGGUCAACUACUUCCCUGACGCUGGGAAUCCAAUGUGCUUUGGUCCAACGGUGAUAGAAGAAGGUACUCCUGCAGUGUUCCGGUGUGAGAGCUUACCAGGUGAGCCACUCAUUGAAGGUGAGUGGCUGCGUGAUGAUGGGAGAGUUGUAGAGGCCGACAAUAUCAAGACUGGCCUACCUAUUAACAAUAUGAUAAGUUUUGAAUACACAAUUAUGCCCUCUCCACUUGACAUUGGCAUCAAUGUGACGUGCAAAAUAUCCAGUGUACUCUCCUUUCCUGGGAGGACAUCUUCCUGCACCAUUGGACCCUUGGUUGUUAAAUUUUCUCCCCGUGAUGUUUCCAUCACCAACACAACUUACUCACAAGAUAAUGUGACGUACGAUGCCAUAACCUGUAGUGCUAUUGCAUUCCCACCAAACAUCUCCUAUAGUUGGAGUUUCAACACACCGCUGGACCAAUCUCAACAGACACUAACCGACGACAACCAAACUCUAGUCAUUCUCAACAUCACCUCAUGCGAGACCAAAAUUAUAGCGACCUGCCUCGCCACAAAUGAUGUUGGGAGUGGAAUGGUAAAUUUCACUCUAUGCAAACCCCCAUCUCCGACCACCUUGGAUGUCACAACAACGAAUGAAAUGAUUACUGAGACAACAGUGGCACCUUCCACUCUACCGAGGGGGACGACCACUGACAUGAGAGAAGUGUCCUCAGAGCCAGCUUCUGAGAUCUCUACAAGUGUCCUGACUACAACAGCCUUCGUGAACACAACAGAGCGUGAACCCAGUGGCCUGACCCCUGCCUUGUAUGCCGUCAUCAUCUGUGGGGCGAUCAUAAUCCUUACUUUGGUCACUGGUGUGGCUUGCUACAUAGUAAAGCGCCGCAAUAACACAGAUGACCGCGAGACUGAAAAAGAGCUGGUCGAGAGGAAUGUGAGGGCCUUAUCCAUCACCCACAAAGAUGAGGACAAUGAAGACCUGGCUGAGGUGGGGAUGACCAUUGCAACGUUUAAGCAAGAAGGUCCUGAGAGUCCAGAUGAGCAGAAAUAUGAAACCGUUGAACCACCACAAGCUACCACAACUCCUGAUGCCUACCCUGAAGACAACUAGAUUGAGGCAACUCUUGUCAAACGGCUCUCAAGAGAACAUCAUAAAUUACAGGUAAUCUAUGACAAAGAUAUGCCUUUGAUAUGCUCGAAGUCUACAGCUUAAGUCUAGGUGACUUGUGAUGGAUUUGCAGGGUCUCGUGGUGGACUCAACUACCACACUGGUCUUAACAAGGCAUAAGGAGAACCUCCAACAUUUGCUUCAAAAGAUAAACAGUAGAAAAAGCAAUUUCCUCACAGCAAAUGAACGACAAAUAUAACUUGAUUUAGGACAAAACAAGGAUGAGCAGACAGUCACCAUGACGAUGGAGCAAAUGACGCCACUAAAGACAAAGAUAAAGAUGAGGAGAUGGUAUGUAAACUACUAGCAGGCACUUUUUUACUUUUCCGCACUGUCUACAGAAAAAAAUCUGCUAGACACAAGAUGACUGAGUUCCCAGCUGAAGCUUAUUACAAAACAUCCUCAGUAAUUGGCUGCUAUUAUGAGGUUCAACAGCCAAAAAGCAUCUUUUUGAACAUAAUUAAAAUAUACCCCAAAAGAGACUUUUUUUACAGCUUAUUCCUACCAAACUGUAAGGAUAAAUGUGAGAUUCAUUACUAUUCAGUUUGAAAACAAUGCUUUAGAAACAUUAUAUUUGCAGUCUGAGGCCUUUUAGAUCAAUCUGUAAUUUCAGAAAAGUUACAAUUUUUGUCAUAAAUCUACGUCUGUAUUGUUACUAACAUCUUAUUUACCCAGAUAUCCAGUAAGCAGUUUUACAUAUUCGUAGAAUUAGACGCUGCUUAAAUUCUAUUUGAUGCAGCAGUAUAGCCAGGAUUCUGAGCAUGAGGGGGAGGGCGGGACUUCAAGCUAAAGUGGGAGGGGGCUGACUGGAUGUUGGACUUAUACAUGUGCACAGUCAUGAUUACAUUAGGAUAUGCAUGUGUACUGUUUCCAAAAUGCAAGUAGGGGGCAACUGGGGGUGUGUACCCCCACUGCCCCCCCACCCCUUAGCCACGCCGCUGAUUUGAUGUAAUGCUACAUGUACAUGUACACAAGUGGCCACAAAUGGCUAGAGUUAAGACAGUCACAGUUGCUGAAGACAUCAAACAAAAAUACCCUUGAAAUUCAAGCCACUACUGCAGUAGUUCCACACUGUUAGGACUUUUGAGAAUAAAUGCACAUUGCAAGUUUAACAACGCCUCUGUUGAACAGUGCCACAGUCAAAAUGACAUCUCAGGUUACUUUAUAAAGCUAUCUAGUUUCUUAUCGGUGGUUUUUAUAAAGCUUAAUAGUUGGCCAGGCUUAUUAAAAAAAAAGAUAUCAGUCUGUGGUUCAUUUUGUAAGAGAUGUAUCAAUAAAAACAUACUGGAUUUAUUUUCAGGAAAAGCUUUCGAAAGAGGAACAGUCACUAAAAUAUGGUUUUCAAAGAAUUAUGCUAUUUUUACGCUCAGAAAUCUGAAUUGUAUAAGUAGGUGUAAAAUGCCAUGCAUACAGAACAAAUGUACCUGUAGUAUAAUAAUCGUUUAGCUGAAGUACCAAUGAAAAAUUCUGAAGUGUAGACAAUUAACUUUCAUUUUCAAUUAAAUGUAGCUCAAUCUUUGACAAAAAAAAUAUAAGGAAGUAGUGAAACACUUGUACUGCUAUGUACACUGAUAUAAGAAGACACAGAAAGUUUGAACUCCCUGGGUAUCGGCAUAUUCAAGAAAUCCAAAAACCAGUUGAUCGUUGCCAGUUUUUGUGCAUGUUCAGAACAGAACACAUCCCAAGUCAAUACAACAAAUCCAAGUAUCGAUUUUUGGUGGACGAUUCUAGGUACAUGCAUUUCAAUUUAUUUUAGAGCUGAAUUUUUAAAUUCAAUAGUAAUCCACAUAAUACACCAGGGACUUAAACCAAUACACAUGUAUGGGUGUGUUUUAUAUGUAUUAUCCAGAGACAAGUGUUCAACAGGUGUUGUUGCUUUACUAAUUUGCAUCACAUAUUCAAGAUCCAUUCUUUUACCAAGACUAUUUUUGUGUUUGGAAAAUGUGUUAACUGAAACGUUAGUAGAGCCAUUGUACAGUAUAAAUUUUACUUGAUAAAUUUGCUUUUAGAAGGAUUAUGUUUGUAAAAAAUGGAAAUGAUGGGGAAUUUCAACAGUGUCAACAGUGAAUUAGAACUGAGAAUUUCUCAGUGUAAUUGUAAUAAUUACCACUAAUGGGUCAUUAGGGAGACAUUUCCAUAAGAACGUGCACAAAAUUUUUCCAACUUUACUGUCCCAUAAUUCAAUAUUCCCUAAUCUGAUCUGAACCAAACUUUGUAUGUUUUCAUUUUAGACUCUAAUCUAUCAACUCUCAAAAUGUGCACAGUAAAAUUUGGCCUCCUUCUGGUAGUUUGAAAAUAGGGAGACACU